UUUUUAACAAAAGACAAUUAUUUUCUUUCUCAUAAUCAACCUGUAGAUUUGGGUGGGCCCUUCUUUCCGGGCGGACCCGAGCUAUGGCAUCAUCCGUUAGCAUAUUCGGCGGCUGCCGCUGAAUUGCCCGGAGCUGCGGCUCUGCAACAUGCUACACUAGUACAUCCGGCACUGCAUCCUCAAGUGCCAGUGCGCUCUUAUCUUUGACUAAAUACAGACAAAGUUAUGGAGCAGCCUAUGCAUCAAACUCAAAUGACAAUGCCGCAACAUCAUCAACAAACAACAGCUAUACAUCCUAAUAUGCAUAUGUCUGCUGCUGCCGCCGCCGCUGCUGCAGCUGCGGCUGCCGGUUUACCACCUAGUGGUGCCGCUACUGGUCCGGCUGGUGCUGCUCACCAGUCCGGUGGUCAUCCAUCACAUCAUCCUUUUUUAUCAAGUCCCGCUCUAGCGAGCCCAGUUGGUUCUACAAAUAAUGCAACGCAUCCUAAUAAUCCACCUUUGGCUGCCAAUGCACCAUGUUCGACUUUAUUUGUAGCCAAUCUGGGACAAUUUGUUUCAGAACAUGAACUCAAAGAAGUAUUCUCUAGUAUGCCUGGCUUUUGUCGCCUACGAAUGCACACAAAAGGUACGCACAAUAUCACUUCUUCUUCUUCUACUACUUCCAUCACUUCUUCUACUACUACUACUACUUCUAAUAUCACGUCCAACACACUCACUAAUAAUUCCAACACAACUAACACCACCACCAACAACAAUAUAUCAACAAGUUGUAGCACAAAUUCAUCCAACAACACUUUAGCAGCAACUAUUGGAGCUGGAGCCGGACAUUUAAAUAGUCUACAACAGCAGCAGCAGCAGCAAGUAACACAACAGCAACAACAUUUUAACAAUUAUAAUAAUGCUGCCGGAAAUGUAACCACUUUGUCGGGCGGAAAUUUAACAGCAACAACUAAUGCUAAUCAUCCUGUAGCAUUUAUUGAGUUUAAAGAUGCAAAUAGUGCUGCUGCUGCCAUGCAACAAUUGCAGGGCAAAUAUUUACUAUCUUCAGAUCGUGGCUCUAUACGUAUAGAAUUUGCCAAGACCAAAAUGAUUAACGAUGGCUCUACAACACAAAUUAUCAAUGGUAAUAAUCCAGGCAAUGGCAAUAAUAAUCCCAAUAAAUUACUUAAUACUACAAUGACUCUUAAUCCAACAACAAUGACCAUAAUAAAUCCACAAGCUUCUACCAUGUUGACUCCACCACCACCCACUAACAAUUGUCCCCAGUUGGUUAUAUUAAAUGGUUACCCAGCAGCCACAGCUGCUGGACAUCAACAAAUCUUAAUGGCACCACCACCGCCACCAGCUCAAUUGGCUAAUCAUCUUCAUCAGCAUACACAAUUUGUAAAUUGCGCUGCUCCAUCAGCCGCUGUAACUGCUGUCUCAAUGGCCCCUGGAUCUUUAGCCACUUUACAAUUCAAUAGUAAUUGUAAUAGUAAUAAUAAUAACAAUGGCACUAACAAUACUAAUAACAAUACAACUACAACUAUUUUAAAUAAUAAUAAUAAUAAUUUUAACAAUGCAAAUAUAAUUAAUAAUAAUAACAAUAAUCGUUCUACUGCACUACCACCACAACCACCACUACCACCUCAGCCUACUACUGUUGUUGUAAAUUCACUACAGCACCAACUUCAUCCAAUACAGCACCAAAAUCAUCUUUUUAGAGACGUAUGUAUUGUUUGAUAUUAUUUCAAACUA